AUGCUGAAUAUUCUCAAGGACAAAUUCGUGGAGGAGCUUCAGCUACCUUCAGAUGAGAGGGACAAAGAAUUUGUGAGAGGAGUCACUUUGCUGCUGGCAGAGCAGACUGGGCUCCAGUCACUCAUCCUCUCCCUUGGCAAAGAAAGCGACAGACCGGCUGCGACGCAGAGCUCGACAAGCAGAGCUUCAGUGACACUCUAUGUGCAGAAGCGCACUGCGGAGGAGGGAUCACAGGAAUACAGCGAGGUCAAUUUGGAGGCAGAAAGCUCCGCCGUUCUCGAAGAAGUCUGCGCCAUGCUCGACUGCACCGCUGUCAUACCCCUGGCAGCUGCCGAGCAACUGCCGGCACAUGCCGCGCUUGCUGACAUGGAGGCUUUCUACGCCUUGAAGGGGCAAUUCACAUUCACUGAUGGCGGUCGCUAUAUCCUUGAAAAUGAUGUGGACGACUCCAUUGAUUCUGGCUCAUCACCUGCCAGCGGCAUUGAGCAAGGCAACAGCCUUGAAGCUGUCUUCGCCGCUCCUCAGGUGACCAUCAGGGCACCAAUGGAUUCGUGGUGGAUGGCUGAACAAGUCUCAGUCAUGAAUGCAGAGAUAGAGAAGACUCUGCUAGAGGCAACAAACAACCGCGAGAGAGCCGUUGCCAUUCUUCAAGGAUAUGGUUACAAGGGUGCUGCAUCCCUAGAGACGGAUCCCCAAUACAAAUUCUACGGGGAGGGAACACUACCCAUAGCACCGCUUUCAAAGUGA